GGGGAGGGGGGCAGGAGAAUCCUCGGUGGAGCUGACGUUGGAUAUAAAGAGGCAACGCCAUGCUUGUCCCCCACAGAAACAUCUGUAAGCCAUUAUGUCCAUGGCCUGCUCCAGAAAGACUUCCUGCAAGAGGCGAGCGGAGAUGUACAGCAGGACAGGCAGGGCCCUGGGCUUGCUGCUUAUCCUGGUUAUCCAUCAGGUGUCCAGCAGCGGCAGGCCAGACACGGGCGGGCAGCCUGCUCACAGAGAGUCCACGUGGCCACUGAGACGGGCAGUGCGCAUGACGCCUCUGUGGAGGACCCUGGGAAGCAAGCCCCUUGGGGCCUUCUGCCGGGACAGCUACGAGUGCUCCACCCGAAUCUGCAGGAAGAGGGGACCAUGUCCCUGGGUGAAUGGAUCGCACCUGGGCCAUGUUUCACCACUAUAUCAGCAUAUCGUUCGCCUCCUCUUAGGAAUGGUCAUUGUGGCUUCCACCAACCAGCGAUAUCGUGAAGGAAGACAAUGGAGAGAGAAGAAAGGUCUUCGGAGGAACUGGAAACCCGCUUUUUUACAUUUACGCUUUACGUCUACACUCUUAGAUUAACGUAGGGGGGGUGAACAAGCAUAACGUCGAGGCUUUACUCUGAUCCUUUCAAGAGAAAUGUGUUUCGUGGCCGCAUGCAAACACGUUUUUUUGAGGUGGGUGUAGUUCGUCGUAUGUUAGUCUGUAGCGGUGUUUCUCAACUCGGUCCUCAGGGACCCCCAGACGGUCCACAGAUUUGCUCCCUCCCAACUCCCUACCCCGGCGCAAAAAAAUGUGGACCGUCAGGCAGGGAGCUGGACCAAAAUCACGGACCGUCUGGGAGUCCCUGAGGACCGGGCUGGGAAACAUCGCUUCAGAGCGUACAAAGGAAGCCAGGUGUAUCAUUUGAUUGCUAAUAGCGCUGGUUUUGAAGGCUAUUCCCUGAAAUAAUAGUAUGUGUGUUGCUGGUAUACAGUUUGCUAUGUGCAUGAGCUAUAGAUGCCUAGAGCUGAAACCUGGACUUACUUAAAAACAUGCGGAAUAGCAAAUAUGGUGCCUAGCUUUGGAAUGUGGGACAGACUGCUCCCUUUGUAUCUGUAGGAUUUUAUCUGCCCCUAACGCUGCCCCCCCACGUUCCUUAUUACCACAGCAGUCAUUCCUCCAGAGAGGAACGUCACACCAUGUAAUGUGUGAUAUUAUUCACCGCAUUGAGGGAUCUGAGACUGUUCACUGGGGGAGGUCACAGUGUUUAUGUGCUGCAUGAGUGGAAAAGCUUUGGAACUUUUCGUCUCUCUGGUUUGUAGGCAGAGUAUGAAACAGGAGUGAAACGCCAUGUGGAAUGAGAAUCGAGACAAUAACACGAUGAAGAUAGACCGUUUGAGGAAUUUGUCUGGGUGAAAUCACAUGUAUUGUCCACUUAUUUAAAGAAAACAUUCUCAUAUAUAUGUCCAUGUUAGUUACUCUGUGUUUUUUGUCCUGUCAUUGUACUGUAAUUCAAUUUGUUUUAAAUUUACAAGUAUACUGUCUAUCAACAACUUGAAAUAAAUAAAAUCAGACUUAGAAAUUAAAAGAAUCUGUCAGUGUUUAUGGUUUAAA